AUGUUGGCCCCUGGACCGCGGACCAGAAGACGCGCUUUGUCCAGCGACCCCGGCGAGAGCGCGCGCGGGGGGCGCGCGGCCUCCACGCGGCCCGGGCCCCCACCCCGCCGGCCCGCGGAUACUGUAGUCGCCGAGGCCUCGCUGCCUGUGGCCUUCCCCGCGCGCGCGGUGCCGGCCAGGCUUCUUGACCCUCGGGCGCCGCCGUACCCCGGCCCCGCUCCGGGCGCCGGCGGCCCCCUCCCCCCUCGGCGCCCCGGCUCCAUUCAAACCGUCCUCCCAAGCCCCGCGCCGCGCUCCCCCCGCGACCCGCGUUCCUUACCGGGAGUCGCUGGCGCCGUCGCCUUCCCGGCGCCGCCCCCGCCCCUCCACGCGGGGCCGGGGGCCGAAUGGGCGUCUCGCUUCUCCUCACGAAACAAAGAAGCAGCCGCCGCGCCGAGCGAGGGUAAGCCUCGCGCGCGCGCCCGCCUGCCUCAGCCGCCCCCCCACGCUGCCCGCGCCCCCGCUGCGCGCGCACUCGCCACCUCCCCUCCCCCCACCACGAACUCCCUUUCUCGCUUCCGCUGCUGGCCCGUUCUCGUGCGCGUGCCCGCCCGCCCUUCCGCUCCUAGCGCGCGUGCGCGUCUAGCCGGGGCUGUCGGGGAGAGGUGGGUAGGGCCAGUGAGAGCUAGAGCGCCCAACGCGCCUCCCCAUUCUGUGCGGGACGGUCAUGCGCCUGCGCGCGGUGGUCUCCGUCCUAGCACGCCGCGCGUCUCAACGCCGCCGAGCAUGCGCAGAGCAGGCGGCACUGCGGCGGUGGUGAAGGUGUAG